UCAGUGUAAGAGCCUCAGGAACAGAGACUUUAACCUGUCACCAUUACAGGCUGUGAGGACAAAGUGACUUUCUGACCCCACUGGUCUCUAGUGGUCCCACCAUGGGGAAGACUGGGCAGAGUACAGUGGACUUGAACUCCCCAACAGAGGUCAAACAAGCAGUUCCCUUUGAGGAACUGGUUCCUGUGGCGACCCCUGCAGAUAAAAAGAAGAAUCAAGAGGAACUACCCGACAGGGGAAGCUGGAAGGGAAAGUUUGAUUUCUUGCUGUCAUGUGUGGGAUAUGCCAUUGGCCUAGGAAAUGUCUGGAGGUUCCCUUAUCUCUGUGGCAAGAACGGUGGAGGGGCCUUUCUGAUCCCAUACUUUAUGACCCUGGUGUUUGCUGGGAUACCACUCUUCCUCCUGGAGACGUCUCUGGGACAGUUCACUUCAGUGGGAGGGUUGGGUGUGUGGAAGCUCAUGCCUAUGAUGAAAGGUGUUGGUUUAGCUGCGGUGGUCCUCUCCUUCUGGCUUAACAUCUACUAUAUUAUCAUUAUUGCCUGGGCGCUCUACUACUUAUUCAACUCCUUCCGUUCGGAGCUGCCUUGGCAAAGCUGUGAUAACCCCUGGAACACAGAGAAAUGUUUCUGCAACUACAGUCUGACAGACACCACCAACCUGACCAGUGCUGUCACAGAGUUCUGGGAGCGUAACAUGCACCAGCUGUCUAGUGGUCUGGAGGAGCCAGGAGAGCUUCGCUGGCCCUUAGUGGGCACUCUGGCCCUGGCCUGGGUCCUUGUCUAUUUCUCAAUCUGGAAAGGAGUGGAGUGGACGGGGAAGGUAGUGUAUUUCUCAGCCACCUAUCCCUACUUCAUGCUGUUCAUCCUGUUCUUCCGUGGGGUCACCCUGCCUGGGGCCAUAGAUGGGAUCCUCUUUUAUAUUACUCCAGACUUCAAUAAGCUCAUCCGGUCUGAGGUUUGGCUGGAUGCAGCCACCCAGAUCUUCUUUUCCUACGGGCUCGGCCUGGGCUCACUCAUCGCGCUGGGAAGCUACAACCCUUACAACAACGAUGUGUACAAGGACUCCAUUAUUGUGUGCUGCAUCAACUCCUGCACGAGCAUGUUUGCUGGCUUUGUCAUCUUCUCCAUCGUAGGCUUCAUGUCCUACAUCACAAAGAAACCUGUCCAGGAACUAGCAGCAUCAGGUCCAGGUCUGGCAUUUUUAGCCUAUCCUCAGGCUGUCACCCAGCUGCCCAUGUCCUCUCUGUGGGCCAUCCUCUUCUUCUCCAUGCUCAUGAUGCUGGGCCUGGACAGUCAGUUCUGCACAGUGGAGGGCUUCAUCACAGCUCUGAUGGAUGAAUAUCCCCUGUUGCUGAGGAAGAGGAAGAAGGUCUUCAUCCUCAUUGUCUGCUUCAUCUCCUUCAUCAUUGGCUUCUCCAACAUCACGCAAGGUGGUCUGUACGUGUUCAAGCUGUUUGAUUACUACUCCGCAAGUGGGAUGUGCCUCCUCUUCCUCGUCUUCUUCGAAACAGUUUCCAUAUCCUGGUUUUAUGGAGCUGAAAGGUUUUAUAAGAACAUUGAAGACAUGAUUGGUUAUAGGCCAUGUGGCUGGUGGAAGCUCUGUUGGAUGUUCUUCACUCCACUGAUCUGCCUGGGGGUGUUCACCUUCAGUGCCAUUGAGAUGACUCCUCUGUCUUUGGGAAAGUAUGUGUACCCACUGUGGGGCCAAAUGAUUGGCUGGUUCAUGGCUCUGUCUUCCAUGAUACUGAUCCCAGGCUAUGUCAUCUACAUGUUCUGCACCAGCGGGGGCAGCAUCAGACAGCGUUGGCGAAAGAUGACAACCGCCCAGGAGGAUGAAAAGCCAUCGGGGCAUGAAGAAUUUACACACAUGGGGAGCGUGGGCGAAGCUCCCGUCUAGCCAGGAUCUUUCAGGUCGAAACAAUUUGAGCGCCGUUUUCCCCUGUCUGCCACGACUUUACUCUAGUCGAAUCUGAAAUCUGACAAAUGGACAGCUGGAAUCUGGUAUGCUACUUUAUGACAAUGUUUCCCUCCAUCUUUAAUUGUGCUGAAAAAUUAAGUGAAUAAAUGAAAAUGAAUUUUGAUAAAUUUAGAAGAUAUUAAGUUCCCUUUUGCAGUCAAGGAGCGAGCACUGCCUGCAAAUUGAAUGCUAUAGAUCAGAAAUGAACCUGUGUACAUAAACAACAACAUAUAUACAUUAAUGUAUGUCGUCCUUACUUGUAAAUUCUCUCUAACACUCAACAGCAUCAGUCAUUGUUUGUGUGCUGAAUGCUGUUGCACAGAGGCAUUUGAAAGUCUGGUUAAACUUAAUUCUAAGCCUAAAACUACAAUGCAUCAAAUAUUAUUUUCUUGUACAGAACCAACCAGCCAGCCAGUGUGACAUUUUUGUUCAGCAAUAAACAUGUGGGCCCUGCAGUUAAAUCUGUUGUCUUAACUGAUCCACACAGAUAAAAAUCAAAACAAAAAGGAAACAUUUGGAGCUACAAUAUGAAUGUGAGGAAAGCUGUACAGACUAUGCACCAUAGAAAGUUUCUCAACUUAUACAGUUUCUUAAUUAAUACUUCAUGGCACCUUCAAAUAUUAUAAAACUGUAAAUAUAAUCAUGUCAGUAUAUUAAAUUUGUUAUGUUAUUUUAAAGAGUUGCUUCAUACUGUGGACUAUCUGGGGUACAAAUACGUUAAAUGAGAUAAAUGAAGGAUUUGAUUUGAUUUUGCUAUUUUUCAUGUCAGUAAGAACAAAAUAAACUGCACCUGGUACCUCCCUUCUCCAUCAGCAUGUUGCAGCAUGUAGUAGAGUGGU